AUGGAUGAACCAAUAGUAAAAUCAUUAAACACAAAAGAUAGAAUUUCCCGAUGUAUCGAUUGGUUAAAGGAACAAAAUAACCCAAAGAAGCUAUCCUUGCAAAAUAAGAAUGAUAUUCAGUUUAUAAUAGAGACAAAUGCUCAUAGGAAGAAAUUUUUUCUAACAGCUGAAGAUGAUGCAACAGUACCUGUUGGUGUUGGUGAAGUUGAAUUAGAGCCAAGAAAUGUGCCUGUCCAAAAGUUAAGACAUGAAAGAUUAUGUUUAGAAUGUGAAUGGCCUUCAUGUCGGGAAUUCUUCUCCAACUAUGUGAUGUUUCAAGCUCAUGUUAGAAUGCAUAUCUCGGAUGUACAUAUUACUAAAAUGGAUGGAAAUGUUUUCUAUCACUGUCUUUGGGAUGUAUGUGGACACAAGUCAUCAGACCGAGAUCAAAUUAUACGACACAUCAAUUAUCAUGCAUAUCAUGCUAAGUUACUUGCCAUUGGCUUUAAUGCGAGAGCGACGUUAAAGUUAGAGAGGUGUAAAAAGGAUUCAACCAAACGAAAUCAGUUACCGCCGCUACUGGGUGACCAUUGCUGUAUGUGGUAUCGGUGUACUCAAUAUUUUGAUUCUAUACAGGAUUUUUUAGACCACGUUCAAACGCAUAUAGCAUCAUGUUCGCGAGGUCAAGUGGUAUGCUCAUGGGCGGGAUGUGGGGCCGUAUUUGUUGAAAAAUCCCAACUUAGUCGACACAUGCGAGCGCAUACUUUGGAACGGCUUAUUGCCUGCUACCAUUGCGGAACGCAUUUUGCGCUCAAUAGAAAGUUGUCGGACCAUUUGUUGAGACAGAAUGUCGACCCAUCGGCCGGUCACAAAUGUUCGAUUUGCGGCGAAUUCUUCGCUAGCGAUUAUUUGUUACGCGAACAUGUCCGCCGUCACGUCUCUUGUUACGCGUGUUCAUUGUGUGAUAUGUCCCAACCAACGCCCGCUGACUUGGCACAUCACGUGAGGUACAGGCAUAUGGCCAGCGAAGACGUGAGACGGCAUGCUUGCCCGGAUUGCGAUUAUAAGGCAGUGACGAAAUAUGAUCUACGCGCUCAUAUAAAAAUUCACAAUCGUAAACGUAAGAAGUCUAGCGACUCAGACUCGGAUUGUGAAGUGAAAAAGCAAAAAAAUACAAGAAAAUACAUUUGCCAUAUAUGUCCUGAUAAUAAACCGACGAUUUUUGCGAGAGGUACAUAUUUAACUACGCAUUUGGUUAAAGUCCAUGGAGCUCAAUGGCCGUGUGGGCAUAGUAGGUUUAGGUAUCAAAAAAGCGAAGACGGUAUGUUCAGGCUUACAACUACUAGAUUCGAAGUUUUAGAAGUGUCAAAGAAAAUCGUUAACGGUUGUCGCGGGCCCAACGCUACCCUCUCUAAUAAAUACGAAUUUAAUAUCAGAAAAGUAGCAGAUUGUACUGCAACUGCUCCGACGCGUUACGAAAUAAGCAUAAGAAAUGGCUUGAGACCAACAGACAGCCAAGAGAAUACAAUUAAAAAAAUAUAUAAAGAAGAACAAAAUACGAAAAGUGAUACAGGAAGGAAAGAGAUUAAAAAGAAGAAAAGCCUAAAAAGAAAACUGUCGCUCGGAAAAGACCGAAGAAGGAAAAACAGCCAAUAG